AGGCGACUGAGGUCCUUUGGCUGCACGACCCACGGAUUUAUUGAAAUAAGGCACGACCUGAUCAUAAGCCUUUAUUUGAUCACAUAUAUCUCAUUUUAUUUACCAAAAAACAGAUGACAAUGCUUUUAUUGAGACGAUGUUUGUCGGGGAGGAACUUCUGCAGGAGGUUUUCCACCUCGCAUAGUUAUUUCAGUGACAGAAAAGGUUUGGUGCUUGGUGUGUUUGAGAGGGAAGGAGAGGGCCAUCACCUAACAGAGGCAGCAGCAGGAUUUGAUAAAAGUAUAUCUGGAAAACUUUCAGAGCUCCUAAAAAUAUCUGGACCUUCUCUCAAGAAAGGCAAAAGCAGAUUAUUUUAUGGACUACAUGAGGACUUUGCAUGCAUUGCUGUAGUUGGGCUGGGCAAGGCUGACUCUGGUGUGUGUGGAGCUGAGAAUUGGGACACCAGCAAAGAAAACAUCAGAGCAGCCGUAUCUAAUGGUUGCAGGUUACUACAGGACUUGGAGGUAAAACAUGUUGAUGUGGAUGGCUGUGGUGAUGCCCAGUCUGCAGCUGAAGGUGCUGUUCUGGGUUUGUUUAACUACGACCAACUGAAAACAAAGAAGAAGACAAAAGUAACAACACAGCUUCAUGGAAGCGCUGACUCUACUGGAUGGGCAAAAGGAGUCGUUUACGCAGAAGGCCAAAACCUGGCACGGCUACUUAUGGAAGCUCCUGCCAAUCACAUAACUCCCACAGCUUUUGCAAAUAUAAUUGAAGAGAAAAUAUCAUCUAAUGCGCAACAGGUCACCAUUCAUAAGAGGUCCAAGGCAUGGAUAGAGGAGCAGCAGAUGGGGGCUUUUCUGAGUGUGGCUAGAGGUUCAGAGGAGCCCCCCCUUUUCUUGGAGCUCCACUACAAUGGGUCACCUGACAGCACACAGCCACCACUGUUGUUCGUUGGCAAAGGCAUCACUUUUGACAGUGGUGGUAUUUCUCUGAAGCCCUCACAGUCUAUGGAUGCCAUGAGGGCAGAUAUGGGAGGGGCAGCCACUGUGUGUGCUUCCGUGGUCACAGCUGCAGCUCUUAAACUGCCAGUCAACCUGAUUGGCCUGGCUCCCUUGUGUGAGAAUAUGCCCAGUGGAAAGGCUACCAAACCUGGGGAUGUAGUCAAAGCCAAGAAUGGAAAGACUAUUCAGGUUGACAACACUGAUGCAGAAGGCAGACUCAUUCUUGCUGAUGCCCUGUGUUAUGGACACACAUUCAAUCCCAGAGCUAUUGUCAAUGUUGCUACACUUACUGGUGCUAUGGAUGUAGCUCUUGGCUCAGGAGCCACAGGGGUCUUCACAAACUCUGACUGGCUGUGGGAGCAGCUACAUAAGGCCAGUGUUGUGACUGGUGACAGAGUAUGGAGGAUGCCUCUGUUCCAGCACUAUACCAAACAGGUGACAGACAGCCAGCUGGCUGACCUCAACAACAUUGGCAAGUACAGCCGGUCUGGAGGAGCAUGCACAGCUGCUGCCUUUCUGAGAGAGUUUGUCAGUCUUCCACACUGGGCUCAUCUGGAUAUUGCUGGAGUGAUGAGCAACAAAGAUGAGGUUCCAUAUUUAAGAAAAGGAAUGUCUGGAAGACCAACACGUACUUUAGUUGAGUUUGCAGCUGGUUUGGCUAAGAGUGGUUGAUUGUGUAAAUUUAUUUUGUUCUUGGAGGUAAUAAAAAAGCACUUUUAUAAAUACA